AGGAGAGUCUGAAUAAAGUGACCUGUUUAUUAAGUGCAUAUUGUUUAUUUUUGGUGGAUAUUUUAAGUGUUUUUAGCGCAUACAGAUCCGGGCCCUACUCAUGACAUUGGAAUGACCUUGGAACCACGCGAAAGCAUCUUGCAGGUUGCGACGUGGCAACGCCGCUUCCCCCCCUCCAAAUAGAAUUGCGUAUUUUUAUAUAAGCUUUGGCUUUUCUCUAGACGCGCAAUACUUGGUCAGUGACGUUAGGUGUCGGUGGUGAAUAUCCGAGAGCAGUUGAAGUGAGUAUUAGGUGGAGAAGUUAGUCGCGGAAAGAAGACCGAAAGCAUGGGCUUCGGAGAUGGUGGUACAUUUACACAGAUUCAUGUGGCCCAAUAUCCAUUGAAUAUGGGUAGAGAAGGAAAAGAAGGCACAUCAAAUGCCCUUGCAGUUCAGUUGGAUGCACAGGGGAAGGUAAAGUAUGCCGUUUUGGCAUGUCAGGGACACUCAAAGGACAAGAUAAUAUACUCAAAACUGACAGACUUGCUUCCAGCGGAAGUGGUGGCUGAAGAUGAUCCAAGCCUGGAGAGACCAUCAGAUGAUGAUGUGCGAGAGGCUACCGACAAAACUCGUCUUGCCUUGGAAGGUCUCACACAUACAAAGAUAGCAGCUGCUAUGCCAGUCAGGUGUGCACAUUACAUCCGUUACACACCGUUUUGGCAAGGGGCUGCCUACAAUUCAGGUGCAAAACAGCGUGUCAUUCGAAUGGUAGAGGCCCAGAAAGAUCCAAUGGAACCACCAAAAUUUAAAAUCAACAAGAAGAUACCUCGUGGACCUCCCUCACCGCCUGUUCCAGUACUGCAUUCUCCAACAAGAAAGGUGAGUGUUAAAGAAAAGAAUGAGUGGAAGAUUCCACCAUGCAUUUCCAACUGGAAGAAUGCUAAGGGGUAUGCAAUCCCUUUAGACAAACGUCUUGCUGCAGAUGGACGUGGCUUGCAGCAGGUUCACAUUAAUGAGAAUGUUGCCAAAGUGGCAGAGGCCCUUUAUAUCACUAAUAGAAAGAUACGUGAAGCUGUGGAGAUGCGAGCCCAGCUGCAGAAAAAGUUACCACAGAAGCAGAGGGAGAAGAAGGAGGAACAUCUGCGGCAACUUGCGCAGAAGGCCAGAGAGGAAGAGGUUGGCAUCAGAACUCAAGCAGCUGCCACAGAUAAAGAUGAAGAGGCUAGAAAACGUGAUCGGCUGCGUUAUGAACGCCACAAAGGUCGUCAGCGUGAUCGCAACACUGCAAGAGCUGCUUCAUACAAGAGGUCAAAGCUGCAGCGUGAAUGGGAACGAGACAUCAGUGAACAGAUUGCACUGUGUUUGCCAGCCAAGAACAUAUGAGGCGGGGAAGUUCAGUUUGACCAGUGUUUGUUCAACACUACACAGUGCAUGGACUCUGGCUAUGGGGAUGAGGAAUCAUACAAUGUGUAUGAUAAACCGUGGCGUGAGAGUGGCACCCUUGGUGCACAUAUCUACUGCCCUAGUCGAAACUUGGACAAGGAUGUGUAUAGAGAUGAUCUCGACAAGUUGAUCAAAACAAAUCGGUUUGUGCCUCAUAAAGAGUUCAGCGGUACUGAUCUUACUGCCACCAGAAGUGGACCUGUUCAGUUUGAGAAGGAAGAGGAUCCGUUUGGCUUGGGAAAAUUCUUAACACAGGCUAAAUGUGCCAGCAAGCGUCACAAGGAUGGCCGUGAUCAACGAGAAGAAGAACGUCAUAAGCGUAAAAGACAGGAAUAGCUAUAGGGCGUAGGAAUACAAACAGUUUGUCACUAUAACAAAUGAAUAUAUUGUAUUUGUGGUGAAGUUGUUUUAAUUUGAUUCAGUGAAUUGGAGAUGAGAAUUUAUCUAGUGUUGCAAUCAGUGACUUCCAAGAGAUGAAGGCAAUAUAUCCCUCUGAGUUGUUGGUCUGCCUCCUGACUACACAGCGUUACAGCCCAGAUGUACAUCAUAGACAUUGUGGUGAGAACCUCAGCUCCAUAGAUAUGUUACAUAUUAUCAUAGGACUGAAAGAUAACAAAAUGGCUGCGCGACAAAAUCAUGUGGCCUGCGCAGUAAAUUUGGUCUGUAAAUUGAGUUGAAUUAAAUCUGUUGUAAAUUCCAAAUGUCAUAUCAUCUACUAAUAUAAUAAUUACCCAUAUAUCAUUAAUUUAUUGUAUUAAGAACUGGUACAUAAAGAAAAUUAGGUUCAUUUA